AAGUGUAUUGGUACAUGGUAGACAACCAGUUAUACAGACACCUGUAUUAUGUGUUACAUAAUUCAGGUUUGUUUUUGAUUAAAGGUGUGACAUUUGGGAUUACGUCUUAAACGUCAACCUUACUCAUUUGACAAAAAUAAACACAAUUUAGUACUUUUAAAGAAAAACAUCUGUAAUAAACAUGGGACUUUUUGGGAAGACACCUGAAAGGAAUCCUAAAGAUUUGGUUACAGAAUGGAAUCACAAACUUCGCAAAGAGGGAUACCAAUUAGAUAGGCAAAUUAAAGCUAUACAAAGAGAAGAGGAAAAAGUGAAAAGGUCUUUAAAAGAUGCAGCGAAGAAAAACGACAAGGACACCUGCCUUAUUUUGGCCAAGGAAAUUAUUAAUUCAAGGAAAGCUGUUAAUAAAAUUUACACGUCGAAGGCUCACCUCAAUUCUGUGAUGUUGCAAAUGAAGAAUCAGUUAGCGACGUUGAGAGUGUCAGGCGCCCUCCAGAAGUCUACAGAGGUGAUGCAAGCGAUGCAGCGACUCGUUAGAGUGCCCGAGGUAGCCCAAACAAUGCAAGACAUGUCGAAAGAGAUGAUGAAGGCGGGUAUAAUCGAAGAAAUGUUGGACGAAACCAUGGAAGACCUUGAUUAUUCCGAGGAAAUGGAGGAGGCGGCGCAGACGGAGAUCGACAAAGUUUUGUUCGAGAUAACGGAGGGAAAGAUAGGAGAAGCCCCUCUGCCGCCUCAAGACGCCGCAGAGAAAGUAUCGCCGUUACCAGCGACCUCUGUGGAGGAACCGGAAGAGGAGGACGAAGAAGAGAUUACGGAAAUGCAGAGUCGAUUAGCGGCGCUCAAAUCCUAAAGAAUUUUGAUUGAGACACAAUUGCUUUUGAUUAAUAAAAUAAAUAAUGCUGAAAAUGAAAUUUGAAAAGGUAAAUUUCUGGAUUUUUAUGGAUGUUGUUGGUAAAGGAGGAUCAGCUGGUUAUGGAAGUAAGAGUGA